UGCAACUGGACACAGCAGCAGUCCAUCCAUAAUCAGCUCUGUGUGCGCAGCUGUCUCUUCGCGGCGCGUUUCAGUGUUGCGCUAAAAUCGAUAGAUACGGCAAAUAAUCUUUCAAUCGCUUUAGGACGGUAUCUCAGACGUAGGUGACUAUUUUGCUCCUCUUCUGCCUGCUGGAUCAAGCAAAAAGCGGCACAUUGUGCCAGUUCAAAGCCAUGCAUCUAUGGAGCUUAUUUCCUAUGUUGCUGUUCUUCAUCGGUGUAAGUUUUCUUCCAGUGAGUCUUGGUGCUCAUGGGAGGUAUGCUCAAAAGUUGCUGACUGAUUUGUUCGCUAACUACACCAACGCUCUGAGACCAGUGGAGGACACGGACCACAUCAUCAAUGUCACACUGCAGAUCACCCUCUCACAGAUAAUCGACAUGGAUGAGCGUAACCAGAUCCUGACCACGUACCUGUGGAUCCGGCAGGUGUGGACGGACGCCUACCUCACUUGGAAGAAGGAGGACUACGAUGGUCUUGAUACCAUCCGUAUACCUAGUAGUUAUGUAUGGAGGCCUGAUAUUGUCCUAUAUAACAAUGCUGAUGACCAGUUCGCCAGCUCCAUGGAGACCAAUGUGGUGAUCCGUAACGAUGGACAGAUCAUGUGGGACCAGCCGGCCAUCACUAAGAGCUCGUGCUCCGUGGAUGUGUCCUUCUUCCCGUUCGAUGCCCAGCAGUGUCGCCUAACCUUCGGCUCCUGGACACACAACGGCAACCAGAUGGACCUGGUCAACGCUCUGGACAGUGCUGACCUGGCCGACUUCGUGGCCAAUGUAGAGUGGGAGGUUCUGGGCAUGCCAGCCAAGAAGAACGUGAUCCUGUACGGCUGCUGCUCGGACCCCUACCCAGACAUCACCUACACCCUGCACCUGAAACGCAGGGCCUCCUUCUACAUCUUUAACCUGCUCAUCCCCUGUAUGAUGAUCUCCUUCCUGGCUCCGCUGGGUUUCUACCUACCGGCUGACUCUGGGGAGAAAGUGUCCCUGGGGGUCACCGUGCUGCUGGCACUGACCGUGUUCCAGCUGCUAGUGGCAGAGAGCAUGCCACCCUCGGAGAACGUACCACUCAUAGGCAAGUACUACAUUGCUACCAUGACGAUGAUCACUGCGUCGACCGCCCUGACCAUCUUCAUCAUGAACAUCCAUCACUGUGGUCCGGAGGCGCGUCCCGUCCCUGAGUGGGCCCGCCGCUUCAUCCUGCACUACCUGGCACGGAUCUGCUUUGUCUAUGAGGUGGGAGAGAACUGCUUCACCGGCAUCCCCAAGAAACGGGCCCCGCCCGAGCUCCCACCUGACCACAAUAUCAACCCCCAAACCAGAAGUACCAACUGGGAUGUGAAUGGGGAGUCCUUGGGAGGGAGGGGUGGAGAGGAAGGGGUUGGGGUGGGCGUAAAAACACAGAAAGAGGAGGGGGAUAGACUGAAUAUGAAAAGAGGCUCAUACCAAACGUUUGAGCCCAGUUGGUGGAAAGACGACCUGUUUGUGAGUAUAGAUGCUGGAGAGGAGGAGGAGGGAGCAGCAGGAGGUGAGAAAGGAGGAGGAGGAGAAGCAGAAAGAGGCAAAGGUGGAGGAGGAGAUAGAGACUGUGUGGGAGGAGGUGGAGAAAGAAGGAAAGGUUCAUUAGGAGACGCAGAGGCUAGGGUUAGGAGAGAGGUGGUGGUGAGGGCCCAGUGUGUGUGUCAGCACCAAGGGCUAUGCAGGAACAUCGAGUACAUCGCCAGCUGCUACCACGACCAGCGCUCUACCCAGAGACGUACGGGUGAGUGGAGGAAAGUGGCCAAGGUUAUGGACCGACUCUUCAUGUGGCUCUUCUUCAUCAUGGUCUUCCUCAUGAGCCUCCUCAUCAUGGGCAAGGCUGUCUGAGCACGUGCAGAGAGAAAAGGGAGAAGGCUCCGGGUACAAGUUACCCUUAGGCACAGAUCUAGGAUCAGAUCAUACCCUUCCCAAAUACUGACCUUAACCAUUAAGGGGGAUCCCAAACAGACCUUAGCUCAGUUUCUAAUGGCAACAUUAUCCUACUCCGAGGGGCAGUAGCGGCCAACUAAACCAUUCACAAGUUUACCACAGGAGAUACUGUGUAUGUGGAAAUGUGUUUUUGUACCUAGUAUACUAGCUGUUUAUGUUCCAAGGCUGUGAUGAAGAGGAUUAAUUGGAGGAUAAUCUCUUGAUACAGUGGUGGGGAACUUGGCAGUUUCUCUGUAUCGCCACCAUACAUAUGUUUUCUACGUGGAUCUAAAGUAUUUGUAGAGGAGACAGGAACACACUUAAUCUGUGGAAUGGAGCCAAAGCAAAUCUUCUGCCACCCUGAGACUGUUAUCAACACACACACAUGCAAACAAUCAAUCAAUUAAAUGUAUAUAUAAAGCCCUGUUUACAUCAGCAUUUGUCACAAAGUGGUCAUACAGAAACCCAGCCUGAGACCCCAAAGGGCAAGCAAUGCAGAUGUAGAAGCACGGUGUCUAGGUAAAACUACCUAGAAAGGCAAGAACCUAGGAAGAAACUGAGAGAGGUACAGUCCUCUUCUUCACACACACACACACACACACACACACACACACACACACACACACACACACACACACACACACACACACACACACACACACACACACACACACACACACACACACAGUCUUGUACAGCUAACCUUGUAGCGACACACAAUUCAGUCCCAUUCUAAAUCCUAUUUUCCCUAAACCUUAACCUAACCCAAAAUCCUAACCUUUACACUAACCCUAAAACUAACCCUAGCUCCUAACCUUAACACUAAUUCUAACCUUAACCCUAAACCCCCUAGAAAUAGCAUUUGACCUCGUGGGGACUAACAAAAUGUCCCUAAUUGGUCAAAUUUUGGUUAGUUUACUAUUCUUCUUUAACAAGAAGAGUUAAACACGUUCACACACACACACGCUCUUCUUUUUGUAUUAAUAUAAUAUAACCGCUCUCUGUCCUUUUACUGUAUGUGAAAAAUCCAGUACACUCCAUAUGGACUGUGUCAUUGGACAAUUGUGUGUUAAGUGUACUUCUCAGGCCUGCCAGUCACUGCAUGGGAAUCACAGCACUUUAUAAGUGCACACUUUCUCUGAGUGCUCACUUGACACUUUUGAAGACUUGAUGUGUAAAUACAGUAUAGUAUGACAAUGCUAAAAUAAUAGGUAUGGGCCAUGUUUAAGAAUAAUGUAUCUGAUGUUUAUCACUUGUCUUGUACCAUAUAGAAGUAUCCAAAAUGCAUAGCAGCAUAUGUGCAACCACGCCAUUAAAUGUAUUGAAUAUUUCAUACUUUUCAAAGCCCUCUGACUUUUUCCACUUUGUAAGCCUAGAUAAACAUUUCAGUGAGCCAUGAAUGGGAAAGGAAUACUGUUAUACACUCAUCCAUUCCAGUUGUGAGGAAUAGGACAGGAUACAUGAAAGAGAACCAGCGUGAAGCUAAAUUAGGACAUGUAGUAGUGUAAUCCAAUAACCCUUUAACAUCAUUAGAGCUUUGUGAAUUAAUUGGAAA